AUGGGUGAGACUUUCUCCCAGCUGGGCUCUUGGCAGGAGGAUGAGAACGAGUUGAUCCUGCCCCCUGACCCAACCAUUAGUAAGGCUGCCAACUACUUCAGCACCGAUAGCAGCAAGUCUUUUUGUUCCUGUGUGCCUUGGGCUGCUGAUGCCAGCUUUGUGACUUGUCCCACCUGCCAAGGCAGUGGGGAGAUCCCCAGAGAGAUGGAAAAGCAGCUGGUGGCCCUCAUCCCCUAUGGGGACCAGAGGCUGAAGCCCAGGCACACGAAGCUCUUCGUGUUCCUGGCAGUGCUUAUCUGCCUGGUGACCUCCUCCUUUAUCAUCUUUUUCCUGUUUCCCCGGUCUAUCGCUGUGCAACCUGCAGGCCUCAACUCCUCUACAGUGGCCUUUGAUGAAGCUGAUAUCCACCUCAAUAUAACAAAUAUCUUGAACAUCUCCAAUAGCAACUACUACCCUAUCACUGUGACCCAGCUGACCAUCGAGGUUCUGCACCUGUCCCUUGUGGUGGGGCAGGUUUCUGAUAGCCUCCUCCUACACAUUGGCCCUUUGGCCAGUGAACAGAUGUUUUAUGCAGUAGCCAGCAGGAUAUGGGAUGAAAACACAUACAAAAUCUGUACCUGGCUGAAAAUCAAAGUCCACCAUGUGCUUUUGCACAUCCAGGGCACACUGACCUGUUCCUACCUGAGCCAUUCAGAGCAAGUGGUCUUCCAGAGCUAUGAAUAUGUGGACUGCCGGGGAAACACAUCAGUGCCCUACCUGCUGAGCCCCCACCCACCAUGA